AUGUUCCAGCCUGCCUUUUUUGAUGUUUAUGUCAUUGUUCGUUCCCCUAAUUGCGCAUCUGAUUCAACCGCUGGCUGGUCAGGUGACAGGUCGGCACUCAGCACGCCAAACAAAGCAGGGGCUGAUGCCCUGACGUUGCAUCGGCUUCGGCGCCAAGGUUGCGGGCUAACUUUUUUUGCUUGUCGCAGUUACAAGGCGGAUAAUGCAGCACAGUACGAGUAUUGCAGCACAAAAGCCAAGUUGGCUUGCCUUAACUGCGUGGCACCAGCCGAGCCCGAACACACGCGUACAGCCGCCAUUCGCCUGGCCAGGGCGAGUUAG